AUUACAAGGAAAAGAGUUCUUCCCAAUGUAGGUAAUAUACAAACUGUCAAAGCCAUGCUUGUCAAAUGUAACAGCUGUUUUGCAAACAUGGCGACGAUUUGUCGAUCGUCGAAAAAAUUACUGAAAAAUACAAAUAUUUCUACAUUUCUGUAUCGCAAUAUCAGUUUUGUGAAUAAAAAUCCCCAUAGAAAUGUGUGGAAAUCUUGUGUUUGUGGUAUCGCGGGUGGACUUCUGUUCUAUGCGGCUAAAAAUAGCUAUUAUGGAAGAGGAAACACCGUCUACACUCUGAAAGUAAAGCAACCAGAAGAGCUGGCAAAGUCGGUAAAACUGACUUCCCGCGAGCGCAGGUUCAUAAAAUUCGCGAGCGCGGAACACGGUGGGCAACUCUACAUGACCCCGCAGGACUUCCUGGAAUCCGUCGUCGAGCAGGAACCUCGGCCUCGUCUGAAGCGAAGAGUGCUGACCACUAAGGAGAUAGAGCAACUCCGAGACCAGACGCCGCCACUCAAGAAGGGUUCCUCGCAGAUGUUCCGCAACAUGAGGGAUAAGGGAAUAAUAUCAUAUACAGAGUAUCUGUUUCUACUGUCUAUACUUACAAAGCCGGCGUCCGGAUUUCAGAUUGCGUUCAACAUGUUUGACACAGACGGCAACCAAAGAGUAGAUAAGAAUGAAUUUUUAGUCAUACAACGAUUGCUCGGUGGUUCGUUGAAGGAGAGAAAAGAUUUGGACGUUCACAGUCAGCGCGCACUGCUUUCCUUAGUCUCGACGAGCUCUCAACGAAAUAGGAUCGUCCAAACUGAAACGAAGCCAAAACCAUCGACAAUGGAGAAGAUAUUUAGUUUCGCAUGGCGAGACAAACGCGGCAUGAGCGAGAGUGAGGCUGGCGGCAACAAGGAGUCGCAUGAGAAUUUCGAUGAUGACCAGGGCCUGCAGCGCAGACACAAUGUUGACACCAUGUUACAAGUGCAUUUCUUCGGCAAGAAGGGUAACAACGAUCUGAAAUUCGAAGGCUUCCGGCAGUUCAUGGAGAAUCUUCAAACGGAAGUGUUGGAACUUGAGUUCCAUGAGUUUGCUAAAGGUCACGAAACGAUAUCUGAAGUGGACUUCGCGAAGAUCUUGUUGCGGUACACGUACUUGGACACAGACGAGUAUGAUAUGUACCUCGACAGGUUGCUGGACCGCGUGCACCACGAGCAGGGGAUCACCUUCCACGAGUUCAAGACCUUCUGCCAGUUCCUCAAUAACCUCGAGGACUUCACCAUAGCGAUGAGGAUGUACACGUUGGCCGACCAUCCUAUAUCUAAAGACGAGUUCCACCGCGCGGUGAAGAUCUGCACGGGCAUCGCGCAGUCCGAGCACCUAGUCAGUACAGUGUUCGCCAUCUUCGACGCGGAUGGAGACGGCCUGCUGAGCUACAAGGAGUUUAUCGCCAUCAUGAAGGACCGCCUCCAUCGCGGGUUCAAGUCUUCUGCUAAGAACGAAGGAUGGGAAGCGUUCAAGUCGUGCGUGAAGCAGGAGAUGAAGAGCGCCGUAUAAACGAUAAUGAACCUUGUCAAACGCACAUAAUGUUGAUUUUCUAUUGCAGUGCUUACAAACCAAUCAACGUACUGUUACUGAAACUGUUCUGUUGCAGGUGAAAAUUGCAAAGCUAAUUUUAGUAACUGCUCAUAUUUUUCAAGUCUGUUUCUAACACGCUAUUUUGAAUCUACAAAAAUUAUUUAAAUAAGAAUCUAAUUAACGCUUUAUGAAACAACUUUGCAUGACGGUCUGAAUUUAAAUUGAUACCAAUAUUUUUAUGGUGCUUAAUAAGUAACAGGUAAUGUUAUAAUAAAAUACAUUAAUACUUCGCAUAUUUCGCGCCAAGCAACAGUAACCUCCCACCAGGGCGGGGCUUCUUUGUCCUAGUAAUUCAGUAUUAGGUUUUAAGGGCGCCGUAUCUAGUGGUAUUACUUCGCCAAUGAAACUUAAUAGAUUAUGUCUCAAAGUAACGAGCGCAGUUGCAUUGCCGCUCAGUAUUUUCGGUUUUUCAAGAAUUUCGAGCGACACUAUAUUGUUACUUACCAUGAGGCGAAAUUUUCGCUAACAAACGCUUCAUUCAGAUUCUCUUGACGUGAAUGCCAGUAAGGGCGGCGGUAAUCACUUUCAAUCAGGCAAACAUAUCUGAUUUAUACUUUUUCCAUAAAAGUUGCUUACUUAAUAUAGCAUAUGUCUGAUAAUUCUCUUUGUAAUUUUGAAACUAAAAUAAUAUAUUUGGUACUUAUUUGAACUCAAUUUGAUUAAAAACGCUUUAUACUUUCUAGUUUAAAUUGUAUGUUUAUAAAACAUACCAUUUUGUUUCGCUCGAUACAUAAUUCUUUAUUUUUAUUGUAAUUUAUUAGUAUUUAUCAAACUCUAGUGUUGCCAUUUAAAUUAUUAAAUUGAAAUUGCCAUUGUUUAGUUUGAAAUAAGUGUUUUGCCAAAAAAUUAUUCGAAAUUAUUGUGAGAUCUCUUAAUUUUAUUAUUUAUCGUCAAAGACGACUCUACCUUACGGCUUUUGGAAGACAUGUCACGUGUUAUGUUAAGAUCACCAAAGUUAUUACUCAACGUACCCACAUAGAGUACUUUAUUAUUUUUCUCUUUCCAUUUUUAUUUUUAUCCAAAAACUAUUUAUAUUUUGCCGGCUCCAGAUAAAUAAUUCUUUCUCGCACACUAUGUCUAUACGCUAGCAUAAUAUAAGUCUUUAGUUUAAUGGCUCCAUUUGACAACUAUAGUGAGGCCAACGAGACGGGAUAAAGAAUGCAAACAAAGUCUUAGGGCUUCAAAAUAUUUUAAUUUGUAUAAAUUAUGGCUUAGCUAUUUUAAUCGCUGUCGUUUCUAUUAGACAAAGUUGAUUCGUCGGGAGAGUCCGAAUCUGCCGUAUUUAUGAGAAUAUAACUCAGUAUAGUGUAACUCAGUUACGGUCCAUUCUUUAUCUAGUCUCGUUGGCCUUAGUACAGUUACUUGUCAUGUUCGACGUCCCAUUUUCGCUUUCAGUUCACAAGUUCCUUUGAGCGUAUAUUAUCCUUUGGUUGUGGCAAUGUUUAUAUCUAUAAUGUCUAUUAUUUAUGUAUUGUUUGUGUUCCUAAUUUAAAAAUUAUUGUAAUUAAACUUUGAUCAUUUAUACGUCUAGGUAUAAAAACGUCUGUGAAAACAUCGAAAAAAAAUGAGUUUAGAACUAAUCUCUAUUUGGCACACUAACAUAAAGUGUCAUACAAAUCGCGAGUGAAAGAUAUAGCUUGUCACGGACACUAAACUAAUAUUCCUGGCCUGUUUUUAUCGGUUGUCUAUAUCUAAACGCAUAAAUUAUCUAAGUAAUUAAAUUUGUUUUGCAAAUCAAUAGGAAGAUGUGAUAAUAUAGUAUAUUAUGUAAAACUGUUUAAUUUAUUUGUAUCUCAUAUAUUGAGUCUAUUUUUAAUAAUAAAUAUAAUUAAAAACUAAGAAUAAUUUAAACACAAAUGUCGCUCAAAGUAUUUUGUAAUUCAAAGCACCCAGUAAUUAAUGUAUGACGGACGGAUUAUUUUAUUAAUGAAAGUGCCCGAUGUUGUAAAUAAUUUAUUGGAGAUUUUUAUUUUGUCUUAUAUAAUGUAUGAUGUAUUUAUUUUUUUAUAAUAUGUGUUAUUUUAGUGAUUUAUAACGUGUCAAACUUUUUUUGUCUUUUCGUAUUCGUAGCAAAUUUUUUUUUGUGGUUUUAAUUUAAUAAACAUACUUAUCCGAUCGUUUUCAGAUCAGAUUGGUACAAAGUUAUCUACCUUAUUUAUUUUUAUAUAUGUAGGUACGUGAACACGCUAAAGUAUGUUAACGGUACUUUUAGGUUCGGUACAGUUGAUUUUCAAUUUUAGAUAUUAUCUUUAUUAUCAUGUCAAAGUAAGAAAUAUGUUUAUUUAUUUAUUAAAAAAGCUUACUAGAUAUACAAAUAAUAUUAUGACUACUUAUAAUUAAAAAAAAUAUAAUUAAUAUUUAUAUCUAACUUAUAGGUAUGCACAAUGUUGCCUUCAUUUAUUGUAAGUUAAGCCAGUACUACUACCGAAAGAUGCCAUCUUUAAAUGCCAGUCUAAAACAUAUUUUACAUUUUAGGACAUUUUUAACAUAUUAGGACAUAUCCUAGUAAUACUUCAUGAAAUAUAAUACGUUUUACCAACAUAAGGACCCAUAAUGUACACUAUAUUUUUGAUUCAUUUGAUUGGUGAUUUUUGAAGUUUCUGUCGGUUUUACGUUUCGGUAUUACGUCACAAAGAUGGCGGACUGUUCCUCACAUAACUCACGGGCAUAUAAAUAAAUCUAAUAUAUUAUAAAAUUCUCGUGUCAUGGUGUUAAACAUUGGACUCCUCCGAAACGGCUUGACCGAUUCUCAUGAAAUUUUGAGUGCAUAUUGGGUAGGUCUGAGAAUCGGACAACAUCUAUUUUUCAUCCCCCUAAAUGUUAAGGGUGGUCCACACGAUUUUUUUUUUUAAUUUUUUUGACAUUUUUUUUAAAUUUGUUUGAUUAUGAGUCAGCUUUAAAAAAUAGAUACAACUUCAAAUUUUCACCCAUCUACGAUCAACAGUUACUUUUGUAUCGCGAUUUUAAGUCUAAUCGCGAGUCUAGCUGUGGUUUUGUGUAUAGUUUUAUGAUAAUCUCAUUUUAUCACUAACCUAAAAAAAAACUUGCUUUGUUUGUUUGCUUUUUUCAAAAGAUUAUAUUUAUCUAUUAUUGCAUAAUUUUAUAUUGAAGUAUUAAUCCAGUUAGUGUAAAACUAUGCUAGUCAUUCUUUGUAUUAAGAAAUAAGUGAUUCAGUACUUAUAAAACCUUGCAUUUUAAGUGUUAAAAUUUUCUUCAAAUUUGUGAUUUAUUAAAUGUUUGUCCUAUC